AUGGCUGCAAACAUGGAAGUGGUGGACAUCCUUGUUGUGGUAGCCUACUUCAUUGUUGUACUGGCAAUUGGCUUCUUUUCCCUGUGUAAGUCGAACAGGAACACUGUGACAGGCUACUUCCUGGCAGGCCGCUCCAUGAACUGGGCAGCCGUUGGUGCUUCUCUAUUUGUCAGCAACAUUGGGAGUGAACAUUUCAUUGGACUCGCCGGAUCGGGUGCCGCGAGCGGUCUGGGCGUGGCCGCAUGGGAAUUAAACGCGCUGUUUCUGCUCCAGUUAUCAGGCUGGAUCUUCACACCCGUCUACAUCUACUCUGGGGUCUUUACCAUGCCAGAAUACUUGUCCAAGCGCUAUGGCGGGAAGAGAUUGCAGGUGUACAUUGCUGUGUUAUCGCUCAUCCUUUACACCCUCACCAAGAUAUCUGUGGACCUCUAUGCUGGAGCCUUGUUCAUCCAGGAGUCUUUGGGCUGGAACCUGUAUUUGUCAAUCAUUCUACUCAUUGCAAUGACGGCUCUCCUGACUAUCAGUGGAGGUCUCGUUACGGUCAUCUACACAGACAUGGCCCAAGCCGCCCUCAUGGUUGUUGGUGCCAUCUCCCUUUCAUGGAUCAGCCUUUACCAAGUGGGCGGACUUGAAGGAAUGAUGACAAAGUAUAUGCAGGCUGCUCCCAACAUCACGGCCAUCCUGUUGUCCUCUCCCAACCUUACCUACUCUGAAUCUUGCCACCACCGCCUCAACCCAAAGCCAGAUGCUCUGAAGAUCCUUCGAGGACCCAAGGAUCCAGAUCUACCAUGGCCCGGGUUCCUUCUGGGACAGACUCCUGCCUCUAUUUGGUACUGGUGCACAGAUCAAGUGAUUAUGCAGCGCAUCCUUGCAGCAAAGAACAUUGUCCAUGCCAAAGGCUCUACCAUCAUGGCUGGCCUCUUGAAAAUCCUGCCCAUGUUUGUCAUUGUCAUUCCAGGUACAGUACAUGUUUUGGACAAGCUUCUCUUCCACAAUGCUUCUCUUCUUCUCUACAUUUUAGGGAUGAUCUCCAGGAUCUACUUUGCCAAUGAGUUGGUGUGCAUCAGCCCGGAACAUUGCAUGGAAGUGUGUGGCUCCCCGUCUGGCUGUACCAAUGUGGCCUACCCGCGGCUUGUCAUGGCAAUGAUGCCCGUCGGUCUUCGCGGCCUGAUGAUGGCAGUCAUGAUUGCGGCUCUCAUGAGUGACUUGGACUCCAUUUUCAACUCAGCCAGCACCAUAUUCACUUUGGAUAUUUACAAGACGCUGCGAAAGCGAGCAUCUUCGAGGGAGCUGGUGAUUGUCGGCAGACUGUUCAUCGUCUUUAUGGUGAUUGUGAGCAUUGCCUGGGUGCCCGUCAUCAUCGAGAUGCAGAGCGGCCAGGUGUUCUAUUAUACCCAGGAACUCAGCGAUUACAUGACUCCUCCCAUCGCAGCCCUCUUCUUACUUGGCGUCUUAUGGCAUCGCUGUAAUGAGAAGGGCGCCUUUUGGGGCGGGAUGGCCGGCUUUGCCCUUGGACUUGUACGUCUGGUCUUAGCAUUCGCAUAUCGUGAACCGCACUGCAGCAUGCCAGAUGAGCGGCCAGCAUUUAUCAAAGAUGUCCAUUUCAUGUAUGUGGCAGCCAUUCUGUUUUGGGUUUCUGCUCUGGUGACUGUGGUUGUGAGUCUCUGCACGCCUCCACCGAGAACAGACCAAAUCCAAACCACAACCUUGUGGGGAUUAAACCAAAGAAAGCAAGAGCAGAAAAAAAAAUCAGAAGAAAUGAAUAGUUUCAAACCUCUAAAUCAGAAAGUUAAUGGUGAAGAAGAUCCUCCGGUACCAAAUGUUUGCCAUCUUGUUAUUCCUGAUGAUAACACACAAGGAAAGCCAGGUAAUGGAGAGGAAGAGGAGGGUUGCUUUGGAGGAGCAGGUGGGGUUUUUAAAUGGUUCUUGAGAUCUCGGGAAAAGAGACCUAAAGCUCAGGUCACGACAGUGGAAGAUCAUGAAAAACUUGUGGAUGAGCUUCUCCAGGAAUCUCGGCAAACUAAAAUAAUCCUGAACAUGGGGAUGGUGGCAAUUUGCUGCACAGGGGUCUAUCUCUUAAUCCAUUUCUCCAUUUAGGUCAAAUUAUUAAUGCUCAAAUUUGUCGCUUUUUCAUGAAGCAAAGCCUGUGGUGACUGUUGAUGAGCUCUAUGCUGUAACGAUCCGGUGGUCUAAAGACGUUUGGAUUCAAAACCACACUCACUGGUUCUGUAGAUUUUGUCAUGAAACCUAAAAUGAAUAUGGUGUGUUGCAGAAGUAUUAACCCCCCUUG